AUGAAUGAACUUGAAAAUGAAGAAGCUGUUUUUGAAAUUGGGGUGGUGAUUCCAAGGAGGAUCAUACAGGAAAAUGACAAAUCAUCUGAUUGUGCUUAUGUUCUUGUUGAGGAAUUCAAGAAGGCGGGGUUUGUAGUUGAGAGAAUUGUUGGCAUUGCAGAUGAGUUCAUUAAGUUGGCUGCACCUUUGGAGACAUUAGGGAGAACUGCAGCAGAACUACAAAUCAAGAAAAGGACUCAUAUAGGUAUGGAUUUAGUAUUUGAGUUGGAGGAAGUUGAAGCUUUUGUAAAACAACCUGAUGGUUCUGUUUUCAGUUGGUGCGAGCGUUUUCAUUGCUACUGUCACUUGAUAUAUGGAAUAGUAAAUAACGGCAAUUCAGCGAUAAAACUUAAAUUUGAUGAGAAAGAAAUCUAUUGGGAAACUGGGGAGAAUCUGAUUCAAAAAUUGGAAUCUGAGAACAUUGUUAAGCAAGUCUUCCCUUUGCAUGAUGAAAAGACGAGAAAGAAACUUCUCAGGACUUGGGCUCUUCAUUGGUGGGACUUAACGGAUCAGCCGAUCGACGAAAUUUAUUCAUAUUAUGGAGCAAAGAUUGCAAUAUAUUUUGCUUUUCUUGGAAUGUACACGCGGUGGCUGUUCUUCCUCGCUGCAUUUGGUCUUACAUUGCAAUUCAUUGUUCUUAGGUCAACGAAAUUAAUAGUGCUUCCCGUUUUCUUCGUCGUAGUGAUACUUUGGGCUGUAAUGUUUUGUCAAUUCUGGAAACGUAAAAAUUCAGCACUUUUAGCCAGAUGGCCUCUUAGCUAUUCAGUUGGUGCUGAACCGGGAUACAAGAUUCCAGGAAUGAGAGAUAGUUCACUACAGCCGCCAAUGGAACUUCUUAAAAUAUUUGAGACUGAUAGAGCAAAAGGGAAGAAAGUAUUCCAGAGAGAUGAGUGGUUAGGGCGUUUUAUGCGAUUCAGAAACGACGCUUUCAUUAUCUUCAGCAUAAUAUGUCUCCAGUUACCUUUUGAGUUAGCAUACGCACAUCUUUAUGAAGUUAUUGGUUCCGAUGCAAUGAAGUUUGGGCUCACUGCUGUUUACCUUUUCGCCAUUCAGUAUAUCACUAAAAUUGGAGGACGGGUAUCUGUCAGACUUAUCAAAAAUGAAAACAACGAAAACACAGAAAAAUGCGCUGAUAGCUUGGUCUACAAGGUGUUUGGUCUAUAUUUUAUGCAGACAUACAUUGGAAUUUUUUAUCACGCCUUGUUGCAUCGUAACUUCUCAACUCUUCGUAAAAUUUUGAUUCAGCGACUCCUUCUGUCUGAGGUGUUGGAAAACUUAGUGGAAAAUUCAUUGCCUUAUCUCAAAUACAGCUAUAAAAAGUACAGUGUUCGACACAAGAAGAAGAGAGAGAAAGGAGAAUCAGCAGAUAGAAUUCAGUUUAUCUCUAGAGUGGAGAAAGAAUACCUCAAGCCUUCUUACACUGCCAGCAUCGGCGAGGAGCUUGAAGAUGGGUUAUUUGAUGAUUUCUUAGAGUUGGCAUUGCAGUUUGGAAUGAUUUUGAUGUUCGCAUGUGCAUUCCCACCUGCAUUUGCUUUUGCUACCGUGAACAACAUAAUGGAAAUCAGAACAGAUGCACUGAAGCUGCUAGCAAUUUUGAGACGGCCUGUUCCUCGUGCUGCUGGGACCGUAGGAGCCUGGCUUAACAUAUUUCAGUUUCUCAUAUUGAUGUCAAUUUGCACCAACUGUGCUCUUUUAGUAUGGCUAUAUGAUGAGGAAGGAAAAUGGAAAGUAGAACCUGGACUUGCAGCAAUUUUAAUUAUGGAACAUGUUCUUUUGUUGAUUAAGUUCGGUUUCUCUCGCUUGGUUCCCGAGGAGCCUGCUUGGGUAAGAGCGAACCGAGCAAAACACACUACACAGGCACAGGAUUUGUGUUCUAAGAAGCUUUUAAGAACAAUCUCUGGAGGAGAAAGGAAUUAUGGAGAGAUGAAGGUGAAGAGGCUGUAG